GAGUCUCCCUACAAUGAUUCCCGCGCAAACUCGAGUUGUUGGCUGUUGGCGCCAAAAUAUCCAGAUCACGCGAGAGCUCCAGAGAACACUCCGUCUGAAGUGAACCAAAAGGGGAAAUGGAUUUCCUGAUUGAUUCUGUAGUGGAAACGACGAUCACAACCGCGGCGUCUCCGCCGACGCCGGUACAGACGCUGGUGUUCUUCGACCUGGAGACAACGAGCCUGCCGAGGGCCGGCCAGCGGGUGGGCAUCACGGAGCUGGCCCUGGUGGCCGUGGACCGGGCCCACUUCGAGAAGCAAGUGAAGCCCACCUUCAGGGUGCUCAACAAGCUCACCCUCUGCAUCCGCCCGGAGGUCUACCUCGAGCCGAUGGCCGCCCAGAAAUCAGGCAUGAGCGAGGCCCUGCUGGGAAACCAGCGGCUGUUCCGGGAGGCCGUGCCCUCCCUGCGUGCCUUCCUGGCCUCCCUCCCGGCCCCGGUCUGCCUCCUGGCCCACAACGGGGACUACUUCGACUUCCCCAUCCUUAGGGACGAGCUGCGUCACGCGGGAGAGGGGGACCUGGGCCUGCCAGGCCUCCUGUGCUGCGACACCAUCAAGGCCCUGCGGCAGAUCGUGCAGGCCGCGCCCCCACCCAAGAAGAAGGUCAAGGGGGCGGGCCCCUACUCUCUGGACAUGCUGUACAAGCGCUUCUGCGGCCGCCGCUCCAACGCCCACCAGGCGGAGCAGGACUGCGUGGACCUGCUCAAGGUGUGCCACCACCACCGCCUUCCCUUCCUGGCGUACCUGGAGGCCAACCGGGUGCCCUUCCUCGCGGCAGAGCCCGUGCGGCGCUGAGGCUGCCCUGCCUCAACGAGCCUCGGACCGGUGCUUUUGGUGUCUUGGAGACGACUUUCAACAAAUUAGGGUAUAGGGAGGUAAAAGCGCUGGUCAGCAACGCAUUCCAGACACCGUAUGGUUUCGGUGAGAGGUAUCGGUUAAUUUGUGAAUGGCGUGCCUCCUCUUGCGAGCUUCCAAGUGGGGCUCGUCCGUGCCGGCUUUGCCGUGCAGCAUUCACGUUUUUGUACGUUUGCAAAUUUCUGCCCGGUGCACGCCGCGUGGAAGAAAGACUCGUGCCGUGCUCGCCUGGCAGGGUGACGUUGAUGCGACGUCGGAAGACGCCCGAGACCCGUUUUUGUGGUGUGGGUUCGCGUUGGGCCAAUGAUCGAUUUGUGAUGACACGUUGCGUAAAGUCAUUUCGGGUCGUGUUUGGCGGGAAUGGAACGGUUGAUGUAAAAGGUAACUCCGCUCAAUUCUGAAGAUUUUGGGAUAAUGAGCGAUUUCGCAUUAAAAAGCCCCAAUAAAAGACACUACAUUGUUUGCUUCGCGAAAAAUGGGAUAUAUUUAUUUAAAUCUAAUUUAAAAUGCCAGCAGAAUUUAAAACCGAAACUUCAGCUCCGUCUUUUCAACAUUGGCCUUGGGCCGCCAAGAACAUGGCUAUGACAUGGGACGAGAUGUCGCGUGAUCCUCUAUGCAACGACGGGCAGGAUUGGGGCAGGCAUGUUGCCAGGCGCAGGUGUUUUCUGCACCGCACUCCUCACCACGUUUUGGUGUCUACGAUGUCUGCACAACUGCGGCGAAAGUCCACGCACAUAGUGUCCAUAGUGUGGACGAAACUUUGAGCAACAAUAAUUGCGAACGGCGAGAUGACAACGGUAGUUGUGACGCGGGAAACGGCGGUACCACUGCGGGGUCUCCCAAGAAGCGCAGGCGCGUUACGCCAGUCACGUGGACACCGUUUGGCACAGAGAGGAAACAAUGCUGACGUCACCCGUUACGCUUGCGCGGAGAAGUAAGAACAAGCAAAAGGGGGCAAUGGUGAUGACGUUUAGUGCAAUGUUGGCUUCGCCGCACCGUAGCUUUGACUGCGCUGUUGGUUGCACCUCAUGUCUGAUUUCGGCAACUUAGCAAGUUGCAAAGUUUGCCAGACCAUUUAAGAAACAUUUAGACAGAACUAUGUCGUAAUAUUUGACGUAUGGUCUUCCUAGGUGGUACUGAAGAGGACUGCAUUGUUUCUUCAAAAACAGAAAUUAAGCGGAGUUGCCCUUUAAUCGUUGCGAUGACGAGAAUUGAUUGGUGCGCGUGUGGUCGUGAGUAAAACAAUCACGGAAGGAUGUCCCUCUUGGUUCUGUGCUCUGAGCACGAGCAGGGUCUUUGAUGGUGCUUUGGCUGUGCGUGCGUCUAUGUUGCUCGGGGCCGAGGCGGUAGAGAGAGAUGUAGCUUAAAAAGAAGACUCUUGUCUGACUCGGUGGCUGAAGAUUCCUCGGCUUUUUGUGAACUGCCAAUCAAUCUGACAUUGAGAAUGACUCACUUCAACUCGAGGGAGUGUUUUUGUGUUGAUGUGGUUACGAAAAUUUUACUGAUCGUUCGCUGGUUCUGGGUGCGUAGUAUUGCCAAACUGGUAACUUUCCUUCCACAGAAUGUUAGUGUUUCCCAAAAAAAACUAUUGGAUGCAUUAUUUCUUUCAGUAUAGUGCCAACAACAAAUAAAGCUGUCUUUCUAUCGGGGAUCAACUAUCGAAGUCGGUGCCCCGCUGUUUAAACCGUGGGGACUAUCAAUGAAGAUUAUAGAGUGCUGUCCUGAGCUCCUCGCCUUGUAUCGCCAGUGCACUAUUAGUCGCUUAUGACUAGACUGCAGCAGAUUGUAAGUCUACUUUUGUACUCAUCUCAGCUUGCAAUGAAAAAGCAUCGCUGCGCAGCAAAAAUCCAUUGCUUCGUUUUUUUUCACUAUCCUUUUUAUUUUAGAAGUUCUUCUAUCAGUAGUAAUGGCAGCAUAAGCAUUCCACACUUUCUUGUUAGUCAUCUAUUGUGCCACUGCUUUUCUUUUGUACAAGUACAUUUUUGUAUUGACUUUCAUUUCUGAGAUGAAUUAAAUGCCCUCAUCAAAGUCUG